AUUGAGAUUUUGUUCAAUCAUUUCUUUGGAUCUUUUUAAUUGUCUGAGGUUAAUUGUUUCGUCAUCUAGUGAUUUAAAUAUUUAAUUCUAGUACUGAGCCAUCAUUUGAUUCUAGUAUUAACUGAACGUUAUAAUCAUGUCAUCUAAUAAUAAAUCAGAUUACCAAGCAAUCGAUGUUGAUACACCAACUUCACCAGAAAGGUUACAACCUUUCGGUGAGCCUAGUACAUCAUCUGGUUCUCAGCAAAAGGUUUCACAAGUUCAACAACAGGUCAAACAAGUGGCCAGUAUAAUGCAAGAAAACAUCUCUAAGAUACUGGACCGUGGACAGAAAUUGGAUCAUUUGGAGGACAGAUCAGCACUUUUAUCGUCAAAAUCGGAAGAUUUUCGAGUAUCUUCCCGUCGACUUGGGCGUAAAAUGAGAUGGCAGAACAUGAGAUUAAACCUUAUAAUCGCUGCGAUUGUGAUAAUUAUAAUCAUCAUAAUUUACUUUUCGGUAAAAAAUUAAUGUUUACAUCAAAGUGGAUGAAAAUGGUCGUUUCUGUUUCUAUACAAUUACAAUUACAUUCCAUCAAUUAAACAUCAUCGCAAUUAACCAUCAAAUGAUCACAUUUGCAAUUAUCAAUCUGAUGAGAUGCACCGGAUCAAACAAUCAACCCAUCAUCUAAUUGCAUUUCCUUUAUCGCCAACAAUUAGCUUAUUAACUUUUAUAAUAUACACCAACUAAUUAUGUAAAUGGAAACAAAUUUAAUCUCAAAUGUUGGUUUAUAUUUUUAAACUCACAAUGUAUAAAUCUAUGUAAGAAAUAUCAAAAUUAAUCAGUCUCCCACCAAAUCAAAUUAUCAACACCAACAAUCAAUUAAUUAUCUCUUAAAACAUGCCAACAAAAUGGGAAUCGAUAUCAAUCAAAUUGUAAUUAAACCGAUUAUAAGAUGAAAAACAAUUACAAUCAAUACAAAUGGUAAACAACAUUUGUAACUUUUAUUUUUCCA